AUGACAGAGCCUCAACCCGCAUCUGAAUCUCAACAAGACAUAGAAGAAAAUGCAACUAAUCAACCACGGUCGUAUGAUGUAGCCCCUGGUUCAGGAUUCGAGAGGCUUACCUCAUUCUUUAAGGGUGUCUCAGGUAUCAAUAUGGGGUCUCAGGAAGCAAAGGACGACACUCACUCCACGACAUACAACAUGAAUACGGAACAGAAAAGUAUCAGCAUUCUAGGGAACCAUUUCAAAACAGAAACCGAGGCAAAAGAGUACAUCCAAUCUUUGUUGUGGCUUUCCUACAGAUGCGGUUUCACUCCCAUUCCCAAAUCGGCAGAUGGUCCUCAACCUGUUUCAUUUUUACCAUCGGUUUUGUUCAGCAAACUGACGCUAACCAAUAUGAGCAAUUUACGUGGUUUAUUUGAUAACGACAACUUCACCAGUGAUGCCGGUUGGGGAUGUAUGAUACGUACUUCUCAAAAUUUGUUGGCAAUUGCUUUACUCAAAUUAUCAGAGGAACACAAUGAAAGUGCGCAAUUGGAUAUCCUUAAACUAUUUCAAGAUGACCCAACCUCCCCCUUUUCCCUUCACAAUUUCAUACGAGUGGCUAGUUCCCUGCCGCUACUUGUGAAGCCGGGUCAAUGGUUUGGACCCAACGCCGCUUCACUAUCAAUAAAGAAACUUACGAUAGAGGCUAAAAAGUUAGAGACUCCGGGGGAAAUACCAUAUGUGUACAUAAGUGAGAACGCAGACUUAUUCGACGAUGAAAUUGAGGAUUUGUUUAACGAGGAGCAGAAGCCAUUACUAUUAUUAUUCCCAGUUCGUUUGGGAAUUGACCAAGUUAAUAAGUAUUAUUACAAGAGUAUUCUACAGCUACUAUCAUUGCCUUAUUCUGUUGGAAUAGCUGGAGGCAAGCCGUCAUCUAGCUUCUACUUUAUUGGAUACGAGAAUGAGAAUCAUUUACUAUACUUUGAUCCGCAUUUGCCACAGGUUGUCGAAGCGCCAAUAAACAUAACUACUUACCAUACGGCAAAUUACAACAAACUCGACAUUGAAAUGGUUGAUCCAUCAAUGAUGAUAGGGGUACUUCUCAAGUCCAUGGAUGAGUACAAAGAAUUUAAACAAGAUUGUAGUGAAAACAAAAUCAUACAUUUCCACCCAUUAGUGAUCACAUCGCAGCAGGACUCGGCGUUGAAUCAAUCGUGGGAAGAAGUCCAAGAAGAUGAUGACUUUGUCAACUUGACAGUUCCCAAAAGCGAGGAAGAGUUUGUUGUUUUGGAUAAAUAA